CAACCUGUACCUCCUCUCCUUCCUCCCGAUUCAUCCCACCACCCUCGCGCCCCCAGAAAUAAAGCAGCUCCUCCCGGGGGCGUCGUACCAGUCCCCAUCGCCAAAACCCUAGCCCCGAUCCGAUCGAGGAGCGCUGCUUCCUAUGGCCGGCACCCCUAGCCAGGCGAGCCUCCUCCUCCAGAAGCAGCUUAAGGAUCUCGCGAAGAACCCCGUAGAUGGGUUCUCCGCCGGGCUGGUGGAUGAUAGCAACGUCUUCGAGUGGCAGGUCACCAUCAUCGGCCCGCCCGACACCCUAUAUGAUGGAGGCUACUUUAAUGCAAUAAUGACCUUCCCCCAGAAUUACCCUAACAGCCCGCCAUCAGUAAGAUUUACUUCUGAGAUGUGGCAUCCGAAUGUUUAUCCUGAUGGACGUGUGUGCAUUUCUAUUCUUCAUCCACCUGGUGAAGAUCCCAAUGGUUAUGAGCUUGCAAGCGAGCGGUGGACACCAGUGCACACAGUUGAGAGUAUAGUUUUGAGCAUCAUUUCGAUGCUCUCUAGUCCAAAUGAUGAGUCUCCAGCAAAUAUUGAAGCGGCUAAGGAUUGGAGAGACAGGAGGGAUGAUUUCAAGAAAAAGGUUAGGCGCAUUGUUCGCAAAUCUCAGGAAAUGCUCUGAAAGAGGAACAUAUGGGGAGUUUAACGAGUGCUGCAACUGGUGUGAUGCACUUCACCAUCAGCCACCCAAUGCCCACCUGAUGCCAGCAUUUUCACUUCUCCCCUGUAUAUUUUCCAUUCAGUGUCAUUCGUAUCACCUGGUGUUGGCCUUGUCUCUAGAGAAACUUGGGAACGUUGCCUAUCCUGAAAAUUCGAUUGUAUUGUGUGGCAUGGAGUGUCAAUGUCGAAGAAUAUUUUGAACAUGCUGCCACCUAUUCAUAAUUUUCGUGAUGGACAUCAUAAGAAAGAA